AUGCUCUGCAAAUUGUGUGACAGCUUGAAUGUAACCGACCUGCUCAAGCUGGCAAAGGCCAAUAGUGAUCAGGAAUUUGGUUACGUUGACUACCUUUAUUUUGAGCAUCACAAAAGAUACGAUGAUCUCGUGACCGCGGCCUCAUCCGGGUGUGAGCUUUGUCUACUUCUUCAACGGCAAUGCGAGGAAGAAGAGAUUAAUAAAUCCGAGCUAAAUAAAUUAUUGACAUGGGACAAAAUGUCUCGAAUUAUGGAGGCGGAGAAUAGGUCCUUUAACUUGCGAGUAGAAAUUGGAUGUUCGGCUCUAUAUCACGGUCAACAAUACGAAGAAUUCAAGCUUCUUAAUCAUUUGAUUUUCACAUAUUGGCAGGAGAAUGGAAGUGGUGAUUACAACAGCAUUAUGGUUUGCUCUCUGCAGACGCCGAAAGAUCAACCGAAAUUUAUCGACGAUAUUCGAAUAGGUCAAUUUACCAUUGACGAGGAUUUGGCAUCAGAUGCAAACUUUGACAUUGCACGAGGCUGGGUGAAUACCUGCAUUGUUGAACAUUCUAAAUCGAAAUGUCCUUCUUUUGAAGACAAGCUCUUACCUUCUAGAGUGAUUAAUGUUGGCCUGGAAAACACAAAUCCAUCUCUUGUUUUGACAGACGGUGUUAGGGGCAAAUAUGUUGCACUGAGUCAUUGUUGGGGGGGGCACAUUGAGACCAUUUUAACAACGUCGAAUCUGCAAUCGCUCCAGAGAGAGAUCAAAAUGACAAGCUUACCGCCUAAUUUCAGAGACGCAAUUUUGAUCACUCGAGCGCUCGGCUUUCAAUUUCUGUGGAUCGAUUCCUUAUGUAUCAUUCAAGACUCCAAGUAUGAUUGGGGAAUUGAAUCCAAAAAGAUGGGAGAGAUUUAUCAAAACUCCGUCCUAACUAUCGGAGCAGCAGCAGCACAUAAAGCUGCCGAUGGUAUGCUUCACCCUCGAUCACAAACAUCUCGUGACAUCAAGCCUAAACUCAAAUUGUCAAAAGACAGUGGAUCCGAUGACGUUGUGGAAAUUAGCAGUAGCAUCUUGUGGCCUGAAAAUCUCCGCAAAUUGUUUGAAUCUGGACCUUUACGAUCUCGAGCUUGGGCAUUACAAGAGAGAAUACUCUCACCUCGAAUAUUGUGGUAUGGUCGCACACAAAUCUAUUGGCAAUGCCUAUGUGGAUUUCAAUCUGCGAACGGCAUGCCAUCAGGUAGUAGCGAUUUUCCCCGUGGCGAACUCUACAUUUAUCCUGUAAUUACUCAAAGACUUAUAUUUAACCAGAAUUGCAAUGAUGGUUCCAAAGAGUUCUCCGAAGAAGAACUGCUAGAGAUGAAUCACGAGUAUCAAUCUAUAGUAAUGGAUUACAGCACCCGAUUUCUAAGCUGCCCAGAUGAUAAACUCCCAGCUUUUUCCGGCAUUGCAGCACUACUCCACAAAGGAAUUGGAGGACAUUACUUAGUCGGAAUUUGGAGUAAAAAUUUCCGGGAAAACUUGCUAUGGUAUACCUUUCUAACCAAACGACUUUAUAAAAAGCAGUACCGAGCACCAUCAUGGUCCUGGGCUGUCACGGAUGAAGGAAGCCUUGUAUUUUACAACAAUUCAAGUCGCUUAGCUUCUACCCCUCAUGAUCCUAUUCUUUUAUCACAUCACAUCGAACUUUCUAGCGAGAAUCCUUAUGGUGCUGUCAAAUACGCCCAUAUCAUUGUUGACACGCUUACACUGAAGUUGAUUCACCUAGGUAAAUACAAGAAUCCCUCCAACAAAACCGGUUUCUUCUUAACCUCAACUUGGUAUGGGGAUACUGGCCUCACUUACUUUACCCCCCCAACUUCUCUCGAGGAAGAGGGCGAAAUAACAACACCAAGCGAGGGAUCUGUAGCCUCUACAGCUAUUGAAACCAGUUUUAGAGAUGCCAAGCUGCGAGCUUCUCACAGCUACAGCUGGGACGAAGACACACCCGAUUGGUCGGCUGUUUCUCCGUUUAAGUAUAAAGUCAUGCUCGUAGGGUUAGAGCGGCAAUCGGAGAAGUGCGGAGCUGGUACAUCCGUGCUGGAAUCAAAAUCGUGUUUAAAAUGUUUGAUCUUGCAAGAGGAUCCCGAAGAUGCAAAGAGAGACAGAAAAGCCCGAUUUGGAUGCAUGGCUGGCUUCAGAUCUGUGGGAAAGAGAGACCCUAAAGUUGAUUUGAACCGGAACCUGACAGAGGAAGGCAUGUGGUCUUCUAUCAGUAGUGCUGAAUUCUGGAACAAUCUUGUUCCCGUAUGGUAG